AUGGCGGCUGCAGCGACAGCGAACGUGGUGCCCGCGGGGAGGGCGGCACGGAGGACGAUGGAGGAUGACAAGUUGGUCUUUGAGACGUCGCCUGGUGUAGACCCGAUUAUGAGCUUCGAUAAGAUGGGAAUCAAGGAUGAUUUGCUUCGUGGAAUCUAUGCAUACGGCUUUGAGAAGCCCUCCGCAAUCCAGCAGAGGGCCGUCAUGCCUAUUAUUCAGGGCCGAGACGUCAUCGCACAGGCACAGUCCGGUACUGGCAAGACCUCCAUGAUUGCCCUAACUGUUUGCCAGACGGUCGAUACAGCUAACCGAGAGGUCCAGGCCUUGAUAGUGUCACCCACUAGGGAACUGGCAUCUCAGACAGAGAAGGUAAUAUUGGCGAUUGGCGAUUAUAUUAACAUACAAGCACAUGCGUGUAUUGGUGGAAAAAGUGUGGGUGAGGACAUUAGAAAGCUAGAACAUGGAGUUCAUGUGGUAUCCGGAACUCCAGGCAGGGUAUGUGACAUGAUCAAGCGGAGAACUCUACGAACCAGAGCCAUUAAAUUAUUAGUUCUGGAUGAGUCUGAUGAAAUGUUGAGCAGAGGUUUCAAGGACCAAAUUUAUGAUGUAUAUAGAUACCUUCCCCCAGAGCUUCAGGUUGUCUUGAUCUCGGCUACCCUUCCACAUGAAAUUUUGGAGAUGACAACCAAGUUCAUGACAGACCCUGUAAAGAUCCUUGUGAAACGUGAUGAGUUGACUUUGGAGGGCAUCAAGCAAUUUUUUGUUGCCGUGGAGAGAGAGGAGUGGAAGUUUGAUACUCUCUGCGACCUUUAUGAUACCCUUACAAUCACCCAAGCUGUUAUUUUUUGCAAUACCAAGCGUAAGGUGGAUUGGUUAACUGAGAAGAUGCGUAGCUAUAACUUUACCGUAUCAUCAAUGCAUGGGGACAUGCCACAGAAGGAGAGAGAUGCCAUUAUGCAAGAGUUUCGGUCUGGGGCAACCCGUGUCUUGAUCACCACUGAUGUUUGGGCUCGGGGUCUGGAUGUCCAACAGGUUUCUCUGGUGAUCAAUUAUGACCUUCCCAACAAUCGUGAGCUUUACAUUCACCGGAUUGGUCGUUCUGGUCGUUUUGGACGCAAGGGUGUGGCUAUUAAUUUCGUUAAGACUGAUGAUAUCAAGAUCCUAAGAGAUAUAGAGCAGUACUACAGUACCCAGAUUGAUGAGAUGCCAAUGAAUGUUGCUGAUCUGAUAUAAAUGUUGCUGGUGAUCACUUAUAACUGUUAAGUAGAUCGAGGGUGAUGAAGAUUUGUGUGGUUGAUGUUUGCGGUUGCAUCAUCGUUUUUCUUCAUUUGAAAGCAUGGAACCUUUUUUAUGUGAACUUGUGAUCAUAUAAUGGUCUACCAACUUCCACAAUUGUCUGCUAGCUUCACUUUAAUACUCUUCUUAUCAGUGCCUCAGAGGUUAAUGCCGCAUUGUUUGCUAAAUUAGUAAAUACGAGUGUCAUAGCUCAUGUAAAGGUACUUCCACUUCUUUAGUUGGAUGUUAUUUUUGGCAAUGUGAUUAGAGUUGCACGUAGUGUGUUCCUGUUC